ACUCCACACUUAAUCGCACGAGUAAAACGAAAUCGCAAUGGGCUCAUGGAGCUAAUCUAAUGGUUUUUUUAACUGAUAUUUUACUGUUAUUUGAAUCGCUAUCUCCUGUCGGUGUGUAGCUCUACAAAGCUGCCUGAGUUACAAGUUCUUCACACUUGUAACGAAGGCACUGCUGACCUGUCUUGCUAUGUAGUUGGUAAAGUUGGAUUUGAAUUAGUUGACAAUCAGGACUCGCCACUGCUUGCAUUUUAUUUAUUUGUAUGAAUCUUUGGAAGCGUUUGUCCAUGAGUGCUGCGCUGAUCUGAGGGGUUUUAGAGCAAGGCUGCAGCGACAGCUCCGGUUCCAGGAUGAGCGAGCGAACCCCGCUGCUCCACUACCGGCUCGUCAGCAGCGUGGAGUCCGAGCCGCGGGCCCCGCCGGCCGGCCACAGCCCGGAGCCGCUGCCGGGGAGCCCCCGGAGCCCCCGGGGCCCCCGGCAGAGGGCCGGCCAGCCGCAGCCCAAGAAGCUGUCCAUCUUCUUCGGAGUGGUGGUCCCCACCCUGCUGUCCAUGUUCAGCGUGGUGCUCUUCCUCCGGAUAGGUUUCGUCGUGGGACAUUCUGGAUUAUACCAAGCUAUCGCCAUGUUCCUAGUGGCCUACUUCAUCAUCUGUAUGACUGUGCUGUCGGUCUGCGCCAUCUCCACCAACGGAGCCCUGGACGCUGGAGGAGCUUACUACAUGAUCAGCCGAGCACUGGGUCCAGAGUUCGGCGGCAGCAUCGGCCUCAUGUUUUUCCUGGCUAAUGUGUGUGGCAGCGCCCUCUUUGUUCUCGGUCUGGUUGAAGCCAUUGUGGCCACCUUUGGAGUGCCAGAAGACGGCUCUCUGAGUGCGUCUUCCUACCAGGUCCUGCCGUCGGGGUACUGGUGGUCUCUGCUCUACGGCACAUGCGUGGCCCUCCUGUGCCUGCUGGUCUGCCUGGUGGGAGCUCACAUAUACGCCAAGGCCACAUUCCUCAUCUUCCUGGUGGUCAUGUUUGUCCUGGCCACCAUCUUCAUCAGCUUCUUCGCGGUACAACCUCGAACCAUCGUCCUGCCCCGGUCCAACUCCUUCAACCCGUCCCCCAACGGCACGGGCCCGGGGUUUCCCACCACGGCCAACUUCACCGGCUUCAAGCUGGAUACGCUGCUCGGAAACCUUUGGGCCAACUACACAACUGAUUACACCACGGGAACCAUGAUGACCUUCGCCUCUGUGUUUGCUGUGAUGUUCAACGGCUGCACGGGCAUCAUGGCGGGCUCCAACAUGUCAGGCGACCUGAAGAAUCCCAGCUACUCCAUCCCCCGCGGCACCAUCACGGCCGUCAUCUUCACCUUCAUCAUCUACAACCUGCUCAGCGUCCUCGUCGCUUGCUCCUGUGAUCGCGUCCUCCUUCAAAGGGAUUAUAGUUUCCUGAGGGACAUCAAUGUCUGGAAUCCCUUUGUCACCAUCGGAGUUUAUUGCUCCACACUAUCUGCUGCCAUGAGCAAUCUGAUCGGAGCGUCCCGGAUCCUCUACGCGCUGGCCAGGGACGACUUGUUCGGUAAAGUGUUGUCUCCAGCUAAGAGGACGUCCCGCAGCGGCAACCCCUGGGUUUCUGUGCUCAUGUCCUGGUUUCUCGUGCAGCUGGUGCUGUUUUCAGGAAAGCUCAACACCAUUGCCAGCAUUGUGACCAUUUUCUUCCUCCUGGUGUACGCUGCUGUGGAUCUGGCCUGCCUGGCCCUGGAAUGGGCCUCCGCCCCCAAUUUCAGGCCCACCUUCCGGUACUUCACCUGGCACACGUGCGUCCUGGGCAUCAUCGGCUGUGCCAUCAUGAUGUUCCUGAUCAACGCCAUCUACGCGUCGGCCAGCAUCGCCUUCAUGCUGCUGCUGCUGCUGCUGAUCCACUACCUGAGCCCCACCUCCAGCUGGGGAUACAUCAGCCAGGCUCUCAUCUUCCACCAGGUACGCAAGUACCUGUUGAUGCUGGAUGUGAGGAAGGACCACGUCAAGUUCUGGAGGCCUCAGAUCCUUCUGAUGGUUUCCAACCCCCGCAGCAGCGUGGGCCUCAUCACCUUCAUCAACGACAUCAAGAAGAGCGGCCUGUACGUGCUCGGACACGUCCAGCUCGGAGAUCUCAGCACUUUACCGUCCGAUCCCCUGCAGUCCCAGUACGACUCCUGGCUGUCGCUGGUGGACCAUCUGAACAUCAAGGCCUUCGUUAACUUAACACUGGCUAAUUCUGUGCGUCACGGUGUCCAGCAUCUCCUCUUCAUCUCAGGCCUGGGUGGGAUGCGUCCUAAUACCCUUGUCCUCGGUUUCUAUGAUGAUUGCCUUCCAAGCGACAAACUUAUUGACCCUUUCCUGUCCCCUAGUCAGUCCACGGAUACCUUAAGCCCUUCUCCGGAGCUGGAGCAACCUCCCCUCUUCCACUUUGCCUCCUUGCGCGGGGCCAGUGACAGACAGGAUUGUGGUGAAUUUGGGGACGGGAAGGUUUUAGGGCCUCAGGAGUACGUCGCAAUCAUCACUGACGCCUUGAAAAUGCUUAAGAAUGUGGUACUAGCUCGAUACUUCAACAACUUUGACCGAACUCAGGUCCUUUCGCCGCCCUCCUCCGCCCCGGGGAAGGGUGCAGUGUUUGUCGACGUCUGGCCGGUGAACCUAUUGCGCCCCGAUAGCUGCAGUUAUGUAGAUACCUGCUCCCUGUUCCUGCUACAGCUAGCAUGUAUCCUCAAUAUGGUGAGGGCUUGGCGCAAAGCUUCUCUGCGUCUCUUCCUGUGUGUAGAGGAGGGACGGAGUGUGAAAGGCACCGAGGAGAAGCUAGGCCAAUUGCUGAAAGAUUUAAGAAUUAAAGCCCAUAUCUGCCCUGUGCCCUGGGACCAGGUGGUGGCGCUGCACUGGCAACGCCAAGGCGUCGGGAACAAAACGCAGCAGUCUGAAGAUUCCAACACAGACGAGAGCGCCGCCAAAGUUGAGGAGGAGGAGGAUGAAGACAAUUAUGUUAACAGCUUCCCAAGCAAUGCCACACGUCUUUCCAACGACUACCUGUCGGCCGUCAAUCAGAUGAUCCAGGAUCAGUCCGAACAACCACCUGCUGUGCGUUUCCUGUACUUGCCACGUCCGCCGGCCGACACGCGCCGCUACACUACGUACCUGCACCAGCUGGAGCUGCUCACGCAGAACUUGGGACCGACACUCCUUAUCCACGGCGUCACGCCCGUCAUCACCACGGACCUCUGAACAUUUCCCAUCCUGAUAUGUUCAGUGAAGCUUCGCCUUGUGACCAAGGGAGUUUGGCAGUGUCCCCGCUAGCAGCUCACUCUCCUCACUCAGCAACACAUCGCUGAAUUAGAGCUACAAUUAUGGCUUAAUCUAUCAUUUACUUUUUUACAUUUACUUUUUUUUAAACCCUUUUUUAUUUGAUUUGUGUUCUUAACUUACAAUACAAAUUCCCAUGAAGCACCAGGAGGCACAAUUGGACGAACCUUUCAGCAGUUGUAACACAAUCAGAGGGUGAUCUAAUGUACCAUAAGAAAGCAGCUGACAUUUCUCAGAAGGAUCAUUCCAUGUGCCUUUGGAUCAAAAGUGCCUUGCUACUUACAGAGUUGAAUGUUGGGACAAUGUUAUAGCUUGAAGCAUUUGUUCCCUUUUCCCUUCCAGGAGCGUUGAAUGAAGGAAAACCUGAACAACAAUUGAAGAAGUGCUUUACCGCAUGGUCUUAAAGGUUUUAUUCCAAACAUCUUUUUCAUGUGAGAAGUCAGGGUGACAUUCCUUUUAUCCAAAUGCACUUUUGUUCUUGUUUUACCAAAGUCCAUGUUGUGCACCUUUUCAAAAAGACACAUGUUUACAGCACCAAUAAUUUCUGUAUUAAUUCUGAUUUUUGAUUGAUUUCUUUUUAUGUUUUGAAGAUAAUUUUUUUCACUUUUCACUAAUGCUCCACCAGCCCUGUGCUAAAUUGCCUGGAUGAACUGAAAUGUCUGCUUAGCUCUGUAGCCUUAGUCCUUACCUCUAGUACUCUGAAGUUUUAUAGUGAAUUUAUAUCAAAUCUUUUGAAAAAUGGCAUUCAUAGGAUGUUUGUGUUCUGUUUUCCCCAGUCAUCACUGUUCCCCAGCACACUGUGGCAAACAGAGUUUACGGUAUAUAGUUCAUUAUGCUGUCUUUCCUUUGCAACUAAAGAGUUACACAUCUUGAAUUUUGAGUGUCAAAACUUACUGCUGAUAAAUUAGAUCAAUACAGUUUAAUCCGUAAAGCGUCCUCACAUGGACUUCUAUACAUCUGUGGGUCCAGAUAAGUGUUUGGCAAGGGACUUGGAUGUUAGUUCAGCCAGACACCUCUGGACUGCUAGGAAUGAGACAUUUACUUCUGGAUCCCCUGUGUUUCUGCAAAUGGUUUUAUUUUGUUUGGAUACAACACAUUUCACUGAUACAUUUCUUGAAAUCUCUGUACUGGAUCUCCGUUCUCAAUGUUAGAGGAAAACAAAAAGAAACUAUGUAUAGGGCAUACUUCAUUGAAGAACUUAAACAUUCAGUGUUUAAAUAACCGUUGAAGUGUAAAAUAUGUAUGAUGUAAGUGAUAAAACUGAAAUUACAGAAAUAAUAAAUGUUUUUUUUCCUUUUU